AUGCUCGUGCCAAAUCGCUUCCACAGGGCGCUCCCUCUGGUCGUCCUCGUCGCCGUCGGCCUCUUCCUCUUCGCCGCCAUCCGGUUACGACAUGCCAGCGCCGUAGAGUCGACCCUCUACCACGUCAUCAACGGAGGAGACAAGCCCGCCCCGACGAACCACGCCACGCCUGCCACGCCUGCCACGCCUGCAGAGUCUGCAGCCAGUCCCUCGACCUCUCCCGCGCCUAAGGAGCCCGCGAGACUCGACCUGGCUCCCAACCAAUGUCGCCCCGAGGUCGAGCUGCUGCGCGAUCGCACCCUCGGCCUCUCUGACACCAUCCGCUACUCGCGCAAAUGCGUCGAGCCCGUCCUCGCUUCCGACACCGACCGCGACGCCGUCACCAAGCUCAACACCUCUCUGAUACCCGCUCAAGCAGCCUCGAUCAACCUCACCUCGUGCACCUACGACGAGCUGCCCCCCUGCGAGACCAUCUCACUACAGGUUCCCAAGCCCUAUCCUUCUGCCCAAUACCCCCACCUCGUCUUCGGCAUCUCCACCUCGUACGAGCGAGUCAAUGAUUCUCUGCCCGCAUUUGCUCACUGGCUCAAAGGCUCCGGCUCCAAGCUGGUGGCCGUUGUCGUCGACGCGGAGAAGGAGGGGGAGCCGGCCAAGGAUCUAAGGGCUCUCGAGAAGCUCUACCGCGCCCAAGAUGUCGAGCUCAAGGCUGUCGUGCCGCGCAACAAGACCCUCAAGGUCGACCAGAACCACUUCGCCAUGCUUGCCGACGUGGUCGAGGCUGCCGACAACCAGACCAGGUGGCUCGGUAUCCUCGAUGACGACACCUUCUUCCCCUCCCUGUACACGCUCAGCGAGGCGCUCGAUCGCUUCGACCACACCAAGAGCAUGUGGCUGGGCCAGCUGUCCGAGGACUUCGAGGCCAUGCACUCGUGGGGCUUCAUGGCCUUUGGCGGCGCCGGCGCCUUCCUCUCCAUGUCUCUCGCCAACGAGCUCGUCCCCCACAUCCCGCGCUGCCUCGUCGAGGCCCGCCUCCAGACCGGCGACUGCAUCCUGCGGGACUGCAUCUACGACCAUACCCGCACCAAGCUCACCCUCGUCCCCGGGCUUUACCAGCACGACUUCAUGGGUGAUGUCUCGGGUUUCUACGAGGCCGGCUUGAGCCCGCUCUCCCUCCAUCACUGGAAGAGCUGGUACCGGGCUCCCGUCGCCCGCAUGGCCAAGGCCGCCCACUUCUGCGGCGCCUGCUUCCUGCAACGCUUCCAGUUUGGCAGCGACACUCUCCUGGCCAAUGGCUACUCCAUCACCCAGUACGCCAAGGGCCUGCAAGAGUAUGACCUGAUGCGCAUGGAGCAGACCUGGCAGAACCCCGGGCCCAAGUUCGAGUACUACAUUGGGCCCCUGCGAGACAAGAUCGACCAGCAGGACAAGAAGAGCUGGCGUCUCGUCGACUCGGGCCCCCUCGCCAGCGGCGGCGGCCUGAGGCAAGUCUAUGUACACAAGGGAGAUGAGGAGCUGGAGGAGCCGGAUGAUGUGAUCGAGAUGAUAUGGGAGGGAUGA